ACCUUGAAGAAAAAGUGGCUCUGUCUUCAAAAAAGUGACCUGACCUUUGCUUUGGGCAAAGGCUCUAGGGCGGCCGAUAAGGCUGUUGCCAUGGUGAUGAAGGAGCUUCCGAGGGAGGAGUCGGCGGAAGAAAAGCCCCUCCUUACUAUGACAUCACAGGUGUGCAGAAGCCAAAAGCAAGCAGAAUCAAGGGAAAAACUGGUGAAUGAGCAACAAGAAAGCAGACCCCUUCUGAGCCCCUCCAUUGAUGACUUUCUCUGUGAAACUAAACCAGAAGCUGUUGCAAGGCCUGUAACAUCAAAUACAGCAGUGUUAUCAACAGCUUUGGAUCUCUUGGAUCUUAGUGAACCUGUCUUACAAACCCAAAACAAAGCAAAGAAAUCAGAGAAUGCAUCAAGAGGUGAAGGCUUAAAAGCUUCAACCCACAGAAAGAAGACAGACAAUUCUGACCUUAUCAAUGUGGAUACUGAGCAGAAAGUCCAGACUGUUAGAGUUUCAGACAAGUCUUCACUAGAUUUAGUUGAUAUUCAGACACAACUAGAGAAAUGGGACGAGGUGAAUUUUCAUGGAGACAGGAGCAGCAAGAGCCACCCAUCUACAGAACGAACAUCAUCAUCCAGAGCUCCAUCGAAAGAGCUUUUAUGGUCCACAGAAAACAGAUCACAGUCUGAACUGACUAAUGCCAAGAGUGCCUUGGAUGCUGAUUCAACAUCAGAUUUAGAACUAGCACCUGCAACACAGGCACGAUCAACUAAGGAGCAGCGUUGGGGAGGCCCUCUCCUCUCUAGAAAUCACUCUUUGGAAGAGGAAUUUGAAAGAGCAAAGGCAGCUGUUGAGUCAGAUACAGAAUUUUGGGAUAAGAUGCAAGCAGAAUGGGAAGAAAUGGCUCGCAGAAACUGGAUUUCAGAGAACCAGGAAACACCAGGGCAAGUCACCAUCUCAACCAUUGAGAAGGGUUAUUAUUUUCAUACUGAAAAUCCUUUCAAAGACUGGCCUGGUGCUUUUGAGGAAGGACUGAAAAAAAUGAAAGAAGGUGACCUGCCAGUUACAAUCUUAUACCUGGAGGCUGCCAUUCUACAAGAACCCAAUGACGCAGAGGCCUGGCAGUUCCUGGGCAUAACACAGGCAGAGAAUGAAAAUGAGCAGGCAGCCAUUGUCGCCCUCCAAAGGUGCUUAGAGCUACAGCCAAACAACUUAAAAGCUCUGAUGGCACUCGCUGUAAGUUAUACUAACACCGGUCAUCAACAAGAGGCCUAUCAAGCUCUAAGAAACUGGAUAAAGCAAAAUCCAAAAUACAAGUAUAUAGUGAAAAGCAAAAAAGGGUCCCCAGCACUUACCAGGAGAAUGUCUAAGACAUCAGAUGAAAGCUCAUUACUUGAAGAAGUAAAGGAUUUGUACCUGGAGGCAGCUCACCAGAAUGGUGAUAUGAUAGACCCUGACUUGCAGACAGGACUUGGAGUUCUUUUCCACCUGAAUGGAGAAUUUAACAGAGCAAUAGAUGCAUUUAGUGCUGCUUUAACUGUUCGGCCAGAGGACUAUACAUUAUGGAACCGACUUGGAGCAACUUUGGCAAACGGUGAUCGAAGCGAAGAAGCUGUUGAGGCCUAUACUCGUGCUUUAGAAAUACAGCCUGGCUUCAUUAGGUCCAGAUACAAUUUAGGAAUAAGCUGCAUCAACCUAGGAGCAUACAGAGAGGCUGUCAGCAAUUUUCUCACUGCUCUCAGUUUGCAAAGAAAGAGCAGGAACCAACAGCAGGUUCCCCAUCCUGCUCUGUCAGGCAAUAUUUGGGCAGCGCUCCGAAUUGCUCUGUCUAUGAUGGACCAACCAGAACUAUUUCAAGCUGCCAAUGUGGGUGAUCUGGACAUUCUGUUAAGAGCUUUUAACCUAGAGCCGUAAUAAAAAAUAUCCAUAAAGUGAUUAAGUUGCAUUAGGAACUAGAGAACUCUUCUAUGACUUAUUGCAAAAUGACCACAUUUUCCAAACGAUCGUGGCUGUAGAUCAGUAGGGGGAAUUCUCCUGGACAUGACUCAAAAAGGAAAAGUUCAAAAGCACAAAAUAUUGUAAACAGGUUCAAAAUCAAAUGAUUGAAAUGGAUUGCAGCUAAUCUGACAAAGCCCUAGAUGAAGCAGUCAUUUCUGAAGAAUCUUCAUCCCAUGCAAGCUAUUUCUCUAUGUAUACACACAGCUAUACAAAGAAAAUUUUAUUAGGAACAAACCUAGAUAAUUGUUAUUGCACAUUAGAACGGUGAGCAACGCACCACGGAAUCUGCUUAGUAGCUCCUUGCACUAUGCUGACGGCACUUUUCCCUAGAACAGGGAUUCCUUGUCCUUCGGUUUCUUUGUUGAAAAGUCUUCUCAAGGUGCAUCUUUAAGAUAGCUCUGAAAAUAGAUGCAUGUAAAAUGGGUGUAUUUUGUUUUGACUAUAUUUAUUAGUUGGCAGUCAACAAGAGCUUUUUUCUGAUGGUUCCUGGAUUGACUUUGGGCCAAAUUCUGCAGGCUCAUGAAGCUGCAAACUAAGUGAGAUGUAACAAGAACAUUAUACGUGGAGGUCUCAUGGGAUUAGGCCAUCUACCUACCAGAAGGACAAAUGUUGCAAGCAGAAGCAGGAAUUUGCACUAGAAUUGUUGUUGUUUAAACCAGCUAUCCCCGAUCUUGGAAAGAGUAUGUCUUCUUCAAAGGCACUUGUAGCAGGAUCUGCACCGGUCUAUGUACUUAUGCACUUUAAUCUUUCCUUCUGUAAAAUAAUGCUAUGCUUUUAUUCUGAUUUUGAUUAGUAACAACAAAAUAUACAAGACGGCCUUGUUGGCAGAGAGGACGAAAUAUCAUUUCCUGAAAUGUGAUCAGAGGGUUUUCAAAAUGUUUUAGAAAAAGCCAAUACAGUAUAAAUUGUAAUAUCUAUUGGAAAGGCUAUUUUAUUAUGCAUCUACCAGGUAUUGCACACGUACAUGCUGUAUGUGCAUUAUGUCAUUUGAAAAGAUAACAAGCCUGCAGAUUUCUGUUACAACUAAAGAAAAACUUCAUAGGAGUUCAUGCCUGCAGACCAUCCUCAAGGGAAAAUUUUCCCUGAAAAGAAAAGUUUGGUCUAUGUAUGGAUUGUAGGAUUGGCGCUAUGAUUUGAUCCUGCUGUUAUGACAAUCCGUAGCAAAAUUCUCAGUGACCUCUCAUGACAGCAGACCAAAUCCUUAGACAACAUCAAUAUUUGUAGCUUCCAAAAAAAAAUUCUUAGUUUUGCUGGACUAGAUGACUGGGAAACAGUAUUUGGGUGGGAGAGUGCGGGUGGAGAAUGCACUGCUGCAUGAUGAAUGAAUCGAUUUGGGUGCAGUGCAAAUAUGUUUAGUUCAAGGUGAAUGUGUCAAAGACAGGAAUAGAAAUUUUCAGUUGCUGAUAAUUUUAAUAAGUGGGUGAUAUUAUUCCUACGUAAUGAAAGAUAAAAAAAUUAAAUUGAACAGCUACUGUUUUGGUACAAAGUCAGGAACAUAACAUACAGGGUAUGUACUGGAACGUGUUAAAGAAAGACAAACAGCACAUUUCCUAUAGCCAGUAUAAAGAAAAAAAAGUCAGCCCAAUCAGCUGUAUCAAAAAAAAUCCAAAUGCACAGAUCACAGAGAACCUGUAGAGGAAUUAGGCAGUUUCACCAGUACAAACCUAAAGUUUCUUGCAGCUGAACGUUAUUUUGAGCAGCCACUUAAAGGAAACUUCCAUGUAAGAUAGUUUAAUCACUGCAUCUAAUCACCAGGGGUAAUUUGUUAAAUAAAAAUAAUCAAUUCUCAUUAAAAUAAAAGGCUUACCCAUCACACUCUUCCACAGAAUAGAGGUGUUGAACCAGCUCUAGGAAUUUUUGAAUAGUGCUUUAUUAAUUCAUUGUCAAUAUAUAUUCCUAUGUAUCUAUCAAGCAUGUAAUGGAUUCCUAUAGUUUUUCUCUAAGGAUUGGAUAUCAAGGACUGAGACUGGGAAUGUCAUUUUAGCUAAAGUGGGCUUGCUGUAUGCAUAUCUGCUGACAACAGUUUGCUCUUCUGCUUUGACAGCGAUGUGUGAUGACAGUCCUUUAUUGAUAAGGCAGAGCAGAAGGUGCAGUGCAAUUGAAUCUGGAAAAGUGGUAAGAGAGAAAGGAGGCAGCUUUGAGAAGAGCCUGUAGCUCAAAGACAUAUGUGCUUAGAUUUUGCUUGAUGCCCUGCCAUCACAAAUGUUCUUCUAGAACAUCCUCCGCACUGCGGUGUAGGAUAAUUAGUGCUUAUCCAGAGGAAUUAGAUGUUCAAGAGCUUUAUUUUUGUGCCUCUCAAAUCAGCAAACUUCUGACUCUGAAAAGUCAAGCAGUGAAUGACCAGGGACAUUCGUAAUGUUGAUAACAGCUCACUAAACCUCUUUUUCUCCAGAAUGCGUACGAAUAACAUGGCAACUUGGUUAGAUAUCACUCGGACCCUGCAUUAAAAUCUAAUGCAACUCCUAGCCCUCCAAAAACAACAGAUAAAGUAGAUAUCUCUCGAUUUAUCCUGGGAUGCACUGCUCAAAACUGCAUGCAUCUGCUAACACGUGCACACCAACAUUACUGGUACCAGAAGGAUUGCCUGCAUAAACCUAGAGAAAAAUCACCGGGGCUAAACUCUGCCUCCCAAGGGUAUACUUAGGCUCCCAAAUUCAUCACAAGCACAGCAGGUCUGCCAUACAGGGGCCAGGCUAUGAGAUGCCUGUCAAAAGAGCUUGUGCAGACUCUGGGAGAUAUCCCAUCUCUCUCUCUCCUGUUAAGUCUAUAGCCAGUUAACUGUGUACCACUGACCAAGACGUUGUGCAAGGGAAAGACUAGAGCAGACUUAGACUUAAGGGGAAGAGUAGCACACCUUCUCCUGCUCUACUAGACACCACUUCAGGCCUGGUUUCAGUGGGAGGGCAGCUGGUGACUGAGCUCUCCACACCAAUAGGACAGGCUAGCUUAUGCUUAAUAGCCCUUCGUACUUCUGGGAACAGUGCUGCAUAUGCUUCAGUAUCUUGGCUUUUAUCUUCUUCCUUAAGCCCCUACUGCCAAGGGCUGUCAGUACAGAAGGCAGGAUUAGAUGUUGCUUUGGUCUACCCCCUCAUGCUAUUUCCUACAUAUUCAGAGGCAAGCAUGGGUGUUUGCCUGUAACAGCCAGGGGAAACAUGCAAGGAGGCUGUAGGGCUGUAGCGUAUUAACACCCUGAAGAGGAAAAGCAUUUACUUCUAACCAGGCAUGAGGUAGGAUAAAUAAGGCAGCUGCUGAACUGUAGCAGAUUGAGCCUGAGAGUGAGAGACAGGAAAUCUGGGUCCUAUUCUCAAUGUUCCCUUUGAGCUCGGCCAAGUCACAAUCUCCUUCCAUCCCUGACUUGCCCAGGUGCACAAGGAAGGAAGGAAGGAAGGAAGGAAGGAAGGAAGGGGCAAUAACAGCUGUUGCAUGCAAAGGCCCUAUAUGAGAGCAGAGUAAUUCUGUUAUUUCACAUACCAUUUGUGUGGGUGAGGUCACCGCUUCUGUAAAUUCAAAGGUAAAACACAAAAACUGAGACUGCUCAGGUGUAAAUAAGGAAGCAGUUUUACACAGAGACUAGCAAUUUCAGCAGAAAAGAGAACCUAAGACAUUUCAGGAAUAGGACUGUACAGCAUGUGUGUGAUGCCAAAUGAAAGAGCCGCAACGGUUUAUCAUCUCCCCAUCUUGCUUCCUCUUCUUGUUACUCCUUUCUUUCUCUGACUUACCACUUCCAGGUAAUUCAUUCCUGGUUGUUGAAUCUUUCCUCUAUUUUAUAUAUUUAAUGCAGUUAAAAAUGCUUUCCUAACCCUUUUCUUUGCAAAGCUUUAUGAAUAUUUAUGACCUGUAAGUCUUAUCCAUCAAGCUGCUGGACACUCAAAUCCUGCAAACUUCACAGGAGUGCUCAGCACUUUGCACGAUCAGAUCUUGUGCAUGCGUUCAGUUACUGGACCAGGGCUGAACUCUAAUAGCAUUGCUCAUGCCGAACAGCCACUGAAAUCAAAGUGAUUAUUUAUGGAAUAAGACUUAAUGAAAGCAAUUUCUUGCUGAUCUCCUCAUACUGCAAUAACUCUAAACUUCUUGUCACAAGAGACUGGUUUACGUCAGUUUAAAAUAUCAGUUUGAUUUUUAGGGAAACACGUACACAUAUCUGUAUCUAAUGGUGUUUUCUUAAUAUCUGCUAAAUCACAGCAUUUGUAAAAAUAUUGAGGGGGAGGUUUAAAUAACACAAAACCUCACAUACGACAAUAUUGCAUGUGACUGUAUUAACAAAUAAUUAUGUUGAAAUACUAACCCAAAGCAUGGUGUAAUACUACUUGCAUAUACAUUUACAGAAUGCAUGCAUAAGGCCCACAUAUAGGGUAUUCUUAACCUACUGACUGGUAUCUUCUGCGGGAUAUUUAAAAAGCACUUUGCCUCUUCUAAACACAAAACGGGAAUUGUUCAUGUUACUUGGAACAGGUUAGAUCAAGACAGAGCAUUUUUUAAAUCCCAUCCCUGUGUUGUGGAUUUCAUGCUUUCUUCAGGUGUUUAGUUAAUGACAGAAAUCCAGAGUAAUAGUUUUUGCAGACAUGUUUUUAGUAUCCUCUUAAGAACUAAAAAGAUUAAUAGAUGCAGCUUUCACAAUGAAGCUGGGUUUUUGGCUUUUCACAUUUUCUUCACAAGUCUAAACCAGGUAUCAUCAAGCCAGAGAAGGAUACUGGGAACCACUGAAACAGAUAGCUAUCGUUUCGAUCUACAUGUACCACAACCAAACUUUUCAAAUCUGUCUGCUAGCUCUGAAGGUAUCCAACUACCCUGCUUGAAAUAUGUAGACCUUCAACUUCACAGGAUCUGAACACCUGCUGCAUCCAUUCAUUUUGCAGAUGCUUAACUCAGCUGAAAGCUCAGAGAAUCAAGACAGGCAUUAAGAGCUAAUGCAUCACUUUAGAAAACUUGGGCCUGCCUGCCAGAAGGAAAGGAGGACCCUGACAACACCAACAGAUCAGCUAGGUCAUCCCAUGAACGUUUGUAGUGCACAGGCCUCCAGAACACAAAAGCCAGCAUUACAGGGUAAUAAGUUACAACAUUACUGGCAACCACAGAAGCAGGGACUGAGGCCUAAAUCAUUGCCUGGUGGAGCCAGUGAGAAUCGGACUGGAACACAGAUGGGUUGUAGAUCUGUCUCAUCUCAAUGUGCAUCUGAAAAAUGAGACAUUAGUUACUCACAGCAUGAAUAACCUGCACAGCUGACAAAUGGAGACUUCUAGUCACCCAUGCUAUCAGCUUAGGAGUCUGUACAGUGAAUGUAUACAAUAAAUGUUUAUAAAAUACCAAGUAUUCACAGAUAGAAGUGAUAUACAAAUUGCACUGCACGUUAUGAAAAACAACCGGUGGGUAUGCAAUACAGUAAUAUCUACUACUUAAACCUCAUCUAGGCUAGAAAUCAGAUUCCUACAUUAUAGUUCUAUUGCUGGAGCAGUGAAAUAUAUCAGAAAAAAAGAAAAAAGGACUGCCACGCAUGAAGACACCACUGAUGCUUUGAAUAAGCCUAGAAAAAAUGAAAAAAUUCACAGAAAGUUUCAAAGCCUCAACACAGAAAAACAGGUGCUAGGCAUGGGGGAGAAGCAGUCAGAAUGAAUCUAAAGUUUCCUAAAAUCAGCUGUAACUUUACAAAUGCUUGCACAUGUGACAUCCCAUUGAGCAAGCUUGCAUGGUCAAGACUUUAUGUGCUUUGAUCUUUUUUUCCCUUUCCACAUUUACAGAAUGGCUCUGACAUUGGUUACAUCUUUAACUUAAAUAGCCUUUUUAAUAUCAGUAAUCUAUUGUAAAUUCAGAAAAAUCAAAACAUUUAUAUAUAUUUUAUAUAUCAGAGUAUAACAUAUCUAGAGUAAACUAAAAUAUAUAGUUUUGAAAGGCAGUCUGCGUGGCUUCUUCUAUAUGCUGUAAACUGUUUGAAAACCUUUGCAAUCUUGCAUCAGUUUCUUUGGCUU